AUGGCGCCACCGCGUGUCCUGAAUACGCAUGUGCCUCUAAAACUUUUCCCAAAGGUGGCGCUGAAUAGCAAGAUAAUCUACGUCGUUCGUAAUCCAAAGGAUGUAUAUGUGUCUUUAUAUUAUCACGCGACGGGUAUAGAACCGAAGUCAGCGAACUGCUCUUGGAACGGGAUGUAUGAACUGCUGGUGAACGGCAAAGCUCAGUAUGGCGACUGGUUCGACCACGUAGAAGAAUGGUUGAAAGUCCUGGAGAACAAUCCAAACGCCCUGAUUAUGACGUAUGAGGACAUGAAACUGGACCUUAAGAAACAAGUGCGUCUAGUGGCCGAGUUUUUGGUACGUGAAAGAUCAGAGCAGUUCUACAGCGACGUGGCUAGACUAUGCUCCUUUCAACAUAUGAAGAAAGAAAAGAAAGACAUCAGGAAUGUCUGGGCGGAGGACAGCGAAGGCAUAUUUAGGAAAGGCACAGUGGGAGAUUGGAGGAAUCAUUUCACGGUGGCUCAGAACGAGGAGUUCAAUCAGAUAUUCUGCAGGAGGAUGAAGAACAUCAACCUUGACUUGAAAUUUGAGCUUUGA